UGUUUUUCUUCAAAAAAAAAAAAAAAACCAUUAUCUCUUGAAAGUUGAAACACUUCUUAAAAAAAAAACAUAACCCCACUUGGAUUCGUUAUAAACUACUACAAGGUCUACAACCCAAUAACUUAAACCCAGCCCAAAAAAAAUCAAAAUUAACUUGCUCCACAGGCAACAGCCGAAUCCAAUUCCAUUACAACCUUUCUUUCUUUUCCCCUUUCCAAUGUAAACGCCGCAAAAUCGAAAAGCAAAGGAAAUGAAAACCCCGUUUCGCGCCUAAGCCCCCAAAAGAAACGCGCCCAUUUUUUCAAAAAAAAUGUCUCCCUCAAAUAAUUCAACCAACCAAAUGUCUCGCUGUCUAAAACUCCGAACUCUCUUUAAAAAAUCCUUCAAUUUUCUCCCUCCUCUCCUCAACCCUUCUUCUUCCGCCGCCAUUUCCACCGCCAUUGAUAACCCCAAUUCAUCAAUGGAGGAAUUCAAGGACGCAAUCCGAACCCGCCUCUGCAUCAUCGGGUCUGGCCCGGCGGCCCACACCGCUGCUAUCUACGCUUCACGGGCCGAACUCAAGCCCAUUCUCUUCGAAGGUUGGAUGGCCAAUGGGAUCGCGCCAGGUGGACAGCUUACAACCACCACCGACGUCGAGAAUUUUCCCGGGUUUCCUGAAGGGAUUUCGGGUUUGGAUAUUACAGAGAAGUUUCGCCAGCAAUCGUUGCGUUUCGGUACGGAGAUAAUGACCGAAACGGUGACUGCUGUUGAUUUCAAAACGACGCCGUUUAAGGUGUUUUGGGGUGAUGCGAAGAAGACUGUGUUAGCUGAUUCGGUGAUUAUUGCUACCGGAGCUGUUGCGAAGAAGCUUGAUUUCCCGGGAUCUGGUGAAAAUGGAGGGUUCUGGAAUAAAGGGAUAUCGGCUUGCGCUGUAUGCGACGGCGCGGCGCCGAUAUUUAGGAAUAGGCCGUUGGCGGUUAUUGGGGGUGGUGAUUCGGCGAUGGAAGAAGCGAAUUUCUUGACGAAAUUUGGGUCGAAAGUGUAUAUAAUUCAUAGGAGAGGUGAAUUUAGGGCUUCGAAGAUUAUGCAAAAGAGGGCAUUGGAAAACCCUAAGAUUGAGGUAUUGUGGAAUUCGACGGUGGUUGAGGCGUUUGGGGAUGUUGAGAAGGAGAAUAGGGUUUUGGGAGGGUUGAAGGUGAAGGAUGUUGUUAGUGGGGAGGUUAAGGAUGUGCAGGUUUCUGGGUUGUUUUUUGCUAUUGGGCAUGAACCUGCUACUAGGUUUUUGGGGAAUGAGGUGGAGUUGGAUGCGGAUGGGUAUGUGGUUACGACACCGGGUACGACGAAGACGAGUGUGAAGGGUGUUUUCGCAGCGGGUGAUGUUCAGGAUAAGAAGUAUAGGCAGGCUGUUACUGCUGCUGGGACUGGUUGCAUGGCUGCCUUAGAUGCGGAACAUUACUUGCAAGAAAUUGGUGCUCAAGAAGGCAAGAGUGAUUGAUUAUUGAACGACGACGCGGAAUGGCCUCCAAUUGAAAUUGUUUCUAAAAUUUAGCCCCUGAUAUUAGGCUCCUAUUCUUCAUGAAAUAAUUUAUGGAUUGUAAUUGAUAGACUCCUUAUUUGCAACAAUUCUUUAAUGCAACAGUUCAGUUCUUAAUGGCUUAAUGCCAUUCAAGUUA